AUGAGCGGUAAAUCUAAACGUCCUAGACAAAGACACGAUUCGUCGUUGCAGUUGGCCAGUGUCAUUGGUGCUGGAGCGAAUAAGAUCAAGAAACAGAUAAGAAACGUAGAGAGACUACUACAGAAGAGAAGAGACGUACUUCCUGACACUGUAAUCGUGGAGAAGGAACGUAUGUUGGAAGGUUUGAAGUUUGAAUUGAAAGAGGCAGAGUUGAGGCAGGUUGGUCGUAAAAAUGCUAAGAAAUAUCAUAUGGUGAGGUUUUUCGAACGGAAAAAAGCGUUACGGAGGUACAAGCAAGCGUCCAAGAAAGUGAUUGCUGAUCCUGAGAAUAAGAGAUUUCAAAACGAGUUACGUGACUGUACGAUAGAUCUAUGUUAUGUUGUCAAUUUCCCAAGACUGAGUAAAUAUAUUGCGUUAUAUCCAACUGGCUCUUCAGAUGCUAAAGAAUUGUCUGAAGAAGUGAAGAAGGGUUUAGAUAGUACUGACGCCAAGAGAACUGAAUUCCGUAAUCUUGUUGCUAAGCAAUUGGAUGAGGGUACUUUGCCCGUGUCCUUGAGCCAAAUUUUGGAAGGUAAGAGAUUGAAUAAGGACAGUACGGGUGUCAUGUUGGAAGAAGAGCAAGUAGAAGAAGAAGCUACAGAGAAACAGUUCAACGACGAAGAAGAAGAAGACGAUUUCUUCGAGUGA